AACACCAUCUGUGACAAGAAGCCACCAUCAUCAUAAUUACGCUCUCUCACAGCCAGUGUUCAUUACACCAAAACUGUUCUUACAGAGAAAGAGAACUUGUUUCUUCAAGUGUUCCAGUACAACUUGACUCUCCAUCAGAAAUGAACAGUAUACAAUUGAUCUUCUGUAUACUGCUGUUUCCGGUCACUGCUGGUGUUUCCAAGAAGGUAACUCUUGAUUUCCCUCAGAAGAAUUCACUCAGCACUUUGAAUGGGAGAUUACACAACAAGAAAAAAGUUGCAUUUGAUUCAAAGGGAAAACGUAAGCAGUUAUGUCCCUUCCGUACAGUACUCUGCAAUUACAACUAUAAAUACCGAACAAUCAAUGGUGCAUGCAACAACCGGAAUAAUCCACUACUUGGCAAGGCAGAUACUCCUUUCAUAAGAUAUAUUCCCAAUGCCUAUAAUGAUCGUAAAGGGAGUCCUCGUAGCUACAGUGUAACUAGACGUCCUCUACCAAGUGCAAGAGCUAUCAGUACUACUGUCUUUGACCCCAACAAUGAGACUGUGCGGGAGACAGACAUCAACCUAUUUACAGUGUUUUUCGGACAGUUCAUGUCCCAUGAUUUCACACAGUUUAAAAUGGGCGAAGGAGAUCUUGGAGCUAAAAAGAUCAACUGCUGCCAAUCUGAAAACAAAAAUAGAACAGACUGUUUACCAAUCUCAGUGCCAACCAAUGACAGUUUCUUCCUAAAAAAAAACAUCACAUGUCUCCAUUUCCUCCGUUCUACACCCACCACCUCGUUAUCUUGUAAAUCAGAUGUCCGUGAACAACUUAAUGAAGCAACAAGCUACAUUGAUGGCUCCACAGUCUAUGGUUCCAAUGAUAAUACUCUUCAGCAAGUACGCCUCUACAGUAAAGGUCUGCUGAAAACUGUGUCAUGUGAUAUGGAAAAUUUUCCACCAUUAGAUAACAACAAUGAAACAGAAUGUUCUGUAAUGCCUCAAAAUAGAACCUACCCUUGUUUAUAUGCAGGCGAUACCCGUAUUAACGAAAACCCUGCCUUAGCAGUAAACCACGUAAUUUGGAUGAGGGAACACAACAGGCUUGCAGUCAAACUGGCCCGUUUGAAUCCCCACUGGGAGGACGAAAAACUGUUUCAAGAAUCACGUAAGAUUGUCGCUGCUGAAAUCCAACAUAUUUUCUACAAUGAAUUUUUACCAAUCAUCAUUGGGGCAGACAUUUGUGUCCGCAACAAUUUGCUAUCAUUGUCCAGUUAUGAAUACAACAAUAAAAUAAACCCAUCUGUUGAGAAUGGCCUUGCCACAGCAGUAUUCCGUUUCGGCCAUGGCAUGCUUCCAGACAACCUGUUAUUCAUAGGUAGUUGUCCCAGUCAACGUCCACUAUGCACUCCUCAGUCUCUAACUGGAAAUAUUUUUAAGAAACAUCAGUUUUAUACGACCAGUACAGUCAUACCUACCACAAGUCCGCCUUUUGCUGGUUGCCCAUUUAAGAUUAAAGAAGACUUGAGUCAGAUGUUUGAGAAAGUCGACCCGUUGUUUGCAGCACAUACUGAAAUGGUUGCAUUGCUAAGGGGUCUCCUGAGAGACAAGGCUCGCAUUGCUUCCGACAUGAUGAUAACGUCUGCUGUAACUGAAAAAUUAUUUGGGGACAUGGAUCUGAUGGCACGAAAUAUCCAGCGAGGCCGUGACCACGGUCUGCCACCAUACAAUAAAUGGAGGAAAUGGUGUAGAUUGAAGCCAGCGUUACGCUUCCAUACCAAGAAACAUGGAUUCAAAGACCACAAACAUCAAGUUGUCAAGCAAUUCAAAAAAAUUUAUGCGCAUCCAAAUGAUGUAGAUCUAGUUGUAGGUGGUUUAACGGAGAUCCCUGUUAAAGGAGGGAUAGUAGGACCAACUUAUGCCUGUAUAAUGGCCAAGCAAUUCCAUGCCCUCAAGUUUGGAGACAGAUAUUGGUACGAGGAAGAGAAAGUAUUUUCUGAAGAUCAGCUGUAUCAAAUACAAUUAACGAACAUGCAUAAAGUAUUAAUGAGAACCACAAAGUUGAGCAAAGUUCCAAAGUCAGCAUUUCAUGUUAACAGUCAUUUGAAUCCUUAUGUGAGUAGACAUAAUGUAGUUGAACUUGAUCUAUCUCCUUGGCAAGACACCAGUGCUAAAUAAUGCAACUGACUUUUCUAUAAAGACCACUAUAGGUCUUUUCUACAAAGACCUAUAAAGACAUCUACAGAAAAUUUUAACACUUACAAAUAAAUUUAUUGUCAUAGCAGACUUCAAAAUACUUAACAGGUU